GUCCUUCACUAUUGAGACUGUCUCCGAGCCUUCCUCGCCAUGACUUCUCACAAAACCUUCAGCAUCAAGAGAUUCCUGGCCAAGAAACAGAAACAAAAUUGUCCAAUUCUCCAAUGGAUUCGAAUGAAAACUGGUAAUAAGAUCAGGUACAACUCCAAGAGGAGACACUGGAGGAGAACCAAGCUGGGUCUGUGAGGAGCUGCGCUUCAGCGUGUGAAGCAUGUCACUACCGACCACAUCCAGCUAAGGACACCACUGUUACUGGGCAGCUGACAUGUGACCGCGUCAGUAAUAAAUGUGUGAGAUGCUUUGAAAAAAA